CAAGGGUGGGUAGAACCAGUUUCAGCAUGCCUUUUCAAUGUGUCAUAUACUGUUGUUUUGCCUCAUCCAAAAGUUUCUGCAAUUUUACUAUAUGAAUCACCAUUUUUACGACAAAUAAUUAUCGCACCACGUUGCUCCAUUGUUGUAGUUGUAGCCCGUUCGGAAACUUUUGAUAACCCUCUGUACAACGCCUAUGGACAACGGACAACAAUGUUGCAUACGAGAUAG